AUGAAUUCUGCAAUGGAACAAUUUCUUUUGUCAAAUCUUCAGAUUUUUCAACAUUUAGAAUAUAACGAAAAAAAUUAUUCUGGUUUAUUAUUGAUCACUAUUUCUAAUAAAAGUCCAAUCCCCAUCUCAAAUAUAUGUUGUGAAUUGAUUUUUGAGACAAUAAAUGAACAGAUAAUAAUAGACCCUGAUUUAGAACAUGUGGAAGCAUUGGUUCAAGAUUUGAAAGACAGGAGUUCAACUCGACUCACUUAUUCAAUAUUCAAUAAAUCAAAAUUGGAUGCUGGUUUAUCAUCAUCGUCUUCACCUAAAAAAUUUACACUACCUCCUUUAACAGAAAUUGUAGAAAAAUUGAGAAUAAUGGAAUCUAACAUAAUCAAGGGUAAUAACAUUUAUGCAAGGGUAAUUAUUAGAUUUCCAAGUCCUGGUACUAAUAAAGAACUAUAUAAAGAACAUAGAUUUUUGAUUGAAUGGGCCAAUCAUGAAAACAAUAUCAUUUGA